UUUUUACAUUAUUCAUGUAUUACUGCACAUUGUUUUUCAGCACUUGACAAUGUGGAUGCUGCUCUUGAAGAUGAUGGGGAUUAUCGAGCACUUUCAGAGAAAGAACAGAUGGAUUUGGAAAGACUUAUGGAACAGUGUGACUCUGCAGUCAGCAAUGCUGAGGCCUUUGCUGAACAACUGUCACGUGACCUCUCUGUCCUUGAUGGUGCUAACAUCCACAGUAUGAUGGCUUCAGAAGCUCAAGUUGAGGCCUUGAUGGUGAUGAUUGAUUCAGCUUAUACAGAAGCAGAAAAAAUUGAAACCCGACUAGAUUCCUAUGAUGAGAUCUUGUUACAUGUGAAAGACUCUAUUGAGAAAAUGGCAGACAAGAAUACAUCCAUUGAACAAACAAAUGCAAAUAACUCUAAGUUACUUGAAGAACUUGAUAGGUUGAUUAACCAGCUAGAUUUGCCAAGAAACUAUGUGAAAGACUUGUAUGAGCCAGACCUCAACAAGGCUGGCAUGCUUCCACAGGCAAUUCAGGCUGCAGCUGCCUUGCAGUUGGUCAUCAAUGCUCCAAUUUCUUCACAGCUUUCACAGUUACAGGCAGUUCAAGAUGAAAAGAAGAGAUUUGAUAAGUUGAGAGGCAGAUUCAGUCAAAUUGUAUCAAGACAUCUAAAUAAUCUCUUCAUUCAUUUGGGCAAUGAUCCAGGAGAAACAUUGAGCUUACAUGCUGAGCAGCUUACACUGCCUCGCCAUGGAAGUAUCCACACUGAGCUGCUUCCUUACACCCCACUCAUGCACUGGAUUCGAGCUCUUGAUCACCGUGCAUAUCAACAUCUAAACAAAACCUAUGCUACCUCCAUCAGCAAGCUUUAUGAACGUGAUAUAAGACUGUUCUUUGAGGAAGCAAGACAACGCAUCUCUGGUGGAAGGAGAUUACGUGGAAGUGGAUCAAGUCAGGAUAUUGCUAGCAUGUCAGGUGUGGCAGGAAAAUUGACAUCCCAAAUAAAGCAUGGAGCACAGACACUGGGAACACGCACCAACACUGGGGCACUGCUAGGUGUUGACCGUGACCAAUGGGGCUCAGAGCUUGACAUGCAAGAGAGACAAAAGUUUGAUGAGAUCUUUGAGCGUGUGCUAAGUGAACUGCAACCAGUUUGUCUUUCUGAGCAAGAAUUCUGCAUUGCCUUCUUCAACCUAAAUGCUACAGGUAAUGAGAAAGCACCAUCUUCAGUUGCCAGCACCCCAGGCUCUAGUGGAAGUGAAGAGAGCAGUGGGUCUGCAGGAACCUCAUCUGGUGCAGGGCUUAUAGGAACACCAGGGUCAGGGCAUGGACGGCCAUUCAAUAGAGAAGUGCGGUCAAUGAUGGCUGCACUUUUCACCACUCUUGAGCAGCAGCUUGCUUCAUUCAUAAAUACUUAUGACCGUGCUGACUCUUAUUGUUGUCUGUACAUAUAUGUACGUCUGAGUGAGCAUGUACUAACUGCCGAAGACACUGGUUCCUUCCUGUGUACUACAUUUGGAUCAUGUUUGGUGCAAGCAAAACGCAAUUUCGAUCGCUUCAUGAAUUCUCAGCUUCAGUCUAUCCAAGAAUGUCGUGUUGCAAGGAAGAAGUGUGGCAUCAUUCCAUUUAUUAUAAAUUUUGAGGAAUUUGCAAAAACAGCAGAAAGUGUGUUCAAGAAAAGUGAACGUCGGGCAGACCUAGACAAGUGGUAUGUUCGACUUGUCUUGGCAAUGUUUGAGUACAUACCAAGGGUAGCCAGUGAACACCAGAGAACUCCUCCAGAAGUGAUAAAAAUGGAGAAUUAUCAUGUCCUGCACCAGCUGAUGUUCCAACUCAAGCUUCCAGGAAUGGACACACAGAAGAAGGAGGCUAAACAGCGGUAUCAAGAGGCUCUCAGUGCUUACGUCACACAGUAUUUUGGCAGACCCCUUGAGAAGCUCAAUCAAUUUUUUGAUGGUGUGACAAAUAAAGUUGCCAGCGGAGUCAAGGAGUCAGAAGUUGGCUAUCAAUUAGCUUUCAGUAAACAGGAACUACGGAAAGUUAUCAAAGAAUAUCCUGGAAAAGAGGUGAAGCGAGGCUUGGACCAGUUAUACAAGAAGGUAGAGAAGCAUCUGUCCGAGGAAGGCAACUUACUCCAGGUUGUGUGGCGUGCCAUGCAAGAGGAGUUUAUCCGGCAAUAUAAGCUGAUAGAAGAUCUAAUACACCGCUGCUAUCCAGGGGCCAUGAUCAAUCUUGAGUUUUCAAUUGAUGAUAUUCUCAAUUAUUUCUCAGACAUUGCACUCUCUCAUUAAUUGAAAGUCAAACACUACUACUUUUGAACUUGUUUAUACAUAAAUUCACAACUUUGCCUGUUAUAUAUUUAAUGGAUUUUAAGACAUUGCAUUGAGGAGAUGUAAAUACAGUGGUCCCACGGUUAACGAACACAAUUCGUUCCAGAAGGUCGUUCGUUAACCGAAUCCAUUGUUUCAAUGGGAUAUUGAGUAAUUGGUUCCAGCUCCCCAAAAAGUA